CCUACAGACGAAUGCUCGCCGUUCUUCGUUUAUUCACGACUGCUAGUAAUAACACGCGUGUCCGCCCUCACCGUUGCUUAGAAACGCGCAUGGUUGCUGGUGCUCAUGAACGACCUUGCGUCCGUGCCCGCGCGCGCGCACCCUUAAAACAGAUCUACUAAGAUAGACGUUAAUUAAAAGGAAGAAGGCACAAGGAUUUAUAAGAUAAUCGACAGAAGCAUCGCUAAUGGGCUGUAUGGAUGAUAAUGAGAUGUGAUCCUAUGGUUUGUUUUUGUGAAGAGACAGCCUCUAGAAUUAUGUCGACAUCGUUUGGGAUUAAGACCAGACAUGGGAUGAAGAACGCGGCAGGGCUGAGGUGUUCAUGAGGACUGGAGUGGGAAGUGAUCUGCAAUUGUGAACUGAUGAAUCAAUGGCAGCAGCAGCCGUGUCAGGAACACCCAGUAGAGAGAACAGUGUGUGCCUUGGCUCGGGUCAGAGGUCGCAUCCCGCUGCCCAGUGACGACCACUAGUUCCCAUCUCGGGUGAGAAGUGGAGUCGCCUCGGCACUUGUCUGUGUGUGUGUGUGACAGGGUUAGAGUUUUCUGCAAGGGAUAUGCGGUGCUCGUAUAAGUGUGUGUGAGUGUGUGGGUGAAGGAGAGCACGUGUGAGAGGUGUUUUUUUGACAGUGCUAACCAGCCCAGUCCAGCUCGCAGGAGCCCCCGCGACACAAUCAAAAACAAACCCAGCUUGUGAGCGUGCUCGUUGCCCCCGCGCGCGGCACAUUCGACCGCCCUGCCCCAGACCAUGUGGCAGUGCCUGAUGAGUGCCCACCGCCUGUCAUGUCCGCAGCCGCCCAAACCCCCGAGGACUUGCCCCCUCGCCCUCGUCUUCGUAUGGAUGCUCUCCUCCCUUGGGCCGGUGGCCGUGGUGACCGGCGUGACCUACCAGCCGGUGGUCAACACGCAGUACGGCCGGCUGCGGGGCAUGCGGGUCCAGCUGCCCACAGAGGCCCUGGGGCCUGUUGACCAGUACCUGGGGGUGCCGUAUGCCUCGGCGCCCGUGGGCGAGAAGCGCUUCACGGCCCCCGAUGCCCCGGCCACCUGGCCGGGCGUGCGUAACGCCACACGCUUCCCACCCGUCUGCCCACAGAACAUCCGCAACGCCGUGCCCGAGAUAAUGCUGCCUGUGUGGGCCACAUUCAACAUGGACACGGUGGCCACUUACUUGCAGGAGCAGAGUGAGGACUGCCUCUACCUGAACAUCUACGUGCCCACACAAGGGGGGGCCAAGAAACAAAUGGAGGAAUCCCCUGAUAAGGACAGCGAGGAUGAUGACGGACUCCGCGAAGCGAGGGACGAUCCCAAGCCAGUGAUGGUGUUUGUGCAUGGAGGGUCCUACAUGGAAGGGACAGGAAACAUCAUGGAUGGAAGUGUGCUGGCCAGCUAUGGGAAUGUCAUCGUAAUUACCCUGAACUACAGAGUGGGCGUACUUGGGUUCCUGAGCACAGGGGACCAGGCAGCCAAAGGGAACUACGGCCUGCUUGACCAGAUCCAGGCCCUGCGCUGGAUCAGCAGGAACAUCGUGUACUUUGGGGGAGACCCCAAACGCGUCACCGUGUUCGGGUCCGGGAUCGGAGCCUCCUGCGUGAGUCUCCUCACGCUGUCCCAUCAUUCAGAAGGCUUGUUCCACCGCGCCAUCAUCCAGAGCGGCUCGGCGCUGUCCAGCUGGGCCGUCAACUACCAGCCGGUGAAGUACACGCGCCAGCUGGCCGAGCGUGUGGGCUGCAACGUCCUGGACACCCACGACCUGGUGCUGUGCCUGCAGAAACGUGGCCACCGCGAGCUGGUGGAGCAGGACAUCCAGCCGGCGCGCUUCCACGUGGCCUUCGGGCCCGUCAUCGACGGCGACCUCAUCCCCGACGACCCCGAGGUGCUGAUGGAGCAAGGCGAGUUCCUCAACUACGACAUCAUGCUCGGGGUCAACCAGGGCGAGGGCCUGCGCUUCGUGGAGGGCGUGGUGGACCCGGACGAUGGCGGCGUGUCGGGCUCGGACUUCGACUUCGCUGUGUCUGACUUCGUGGACGGCCUGUACGGCUACCCUGAGGGGAAGGACACGCUCCGGGAGACCAUCAAGUUCAUGUACACAGACUGGGCGGACCGGGACAACCCGGAGACGCGGAGGAAGACGCUGGUGGCGCUCUUCACCGACCACCAGUGGGUGGAGCCCUCGGUGGUGACCGCUGACCUGCACGCACGCUACGGCUCCCCGACCUACUUCUAUGCCUUCUACCACCACUGCCAGAGCCCCAUGAAGCCCGCCUGGUCCGACUCGGCCCACGGAGAUGAGAUGCCCUACGUGUUCGGCGUGCCACUGAUCGGGCCGACAGAACUCUUCCCCUGUAACUUCUCUCGCAAUGACAUCAUGCUCAGUGCCGUGGUCAUGACCUACUGGACUAACUUCGCCAAAAGCGGUGAUCCCAAUAAGCCAGUGCCUCAGGACACCAAGUUCAUCCACACCAAGGCCAACCGUUUUGAGGAGGUCUCCUGGUCCAAGUACAACCCCAACGACCAGCUCUACCUGCACAUCGGCCUGAAGCCGCGCGUGCGCGACCACUACCGCGCCACCAAGGUGGCCUUCUGGAAGCACCUGGUCCCCCACCUGUACAACCUGCACGACAUGUUCCACUACACGUCCACCACCACGCGCGUGCCACCCCUCCACACCACCCAGAACCCGCGCUCCAACCAGCGCCCGGGCAGCAAGGGCCACUCCAACACCAAGCAGCCGUCGGCGUCCACCGCCCACAACGGCGAGGGCGCGCGCGGCCCGCUGGUCAUCGCCAACCCGCGCGACUACUCCACGGAGCUGAGCGUGACCAUCGCCGUGGGCGCCUCGCUGCUCUUCCUCAACGUGCUUGCCUUCGCCGCACUCUACUACCGCAAGGACAAGCGCAGCCGGCAGGACACGCCGCCACAGCCCACGCCGCCCCGUGGCCAGAUCUGCUCCUCCGUCGGUGCCUCGUCCAACGACAUCAGCGGCCUCGCGCCGGCCACCAUCAGUGGGAACCCGGAGGUGGGCGGGAUCGGCGGCGGCAGUAGCGGCCUGUGCGACGCCCUGCGUCUUACCCCGGCGUCCUCUCCGCGCGACUACACACUCACGCUGCGACGCUCGCCCGACGACAUCCCGCUCAUGACGCCAAAUUCUUGUGCCAUGACGCCCAACUCCAUCGCCAUGACGCCCAACACGGUGACCAUGUCGCCCAACACUAUCACAAUGACACCCAACUCGUUGAUGGGACAUCCCAGCAUGCAUCCCUACAACACAUUCACCCAUGGCUUCAACUCAACAGGUUUGCCACACUCUCACUCCACUACUCGGGUAUAAAUCUCUCUCAUACCCAUUACACCACUCAAACAUUACCACUCCAGUUACGCCAGAGGGCUGCACUAUGAAGUGAAGUAACUGGCGUGUUCUUUUAGAUGUCAGCGGUACUCCUGAAGUUACCUGGAUAAGCCUACAACUUCAAUUCAAAGUGCAGUCACCAAAGGAGCAAUUCCCCUAGACACCAUGACAGUAGAAAUCCCUCUCAUGCUAUUAGAACUUCUCGUUGUAUUAUCUAUCAUUCUUUGUGCCACACAUGGUUGUAUAUUGUACCAUCUGCACUGAAUUCAUAUGCCAUUGUGUUUUUCUACUAACUGAAAAUAACGCUGAGCCCACAGUAUUUAACCUACUACCACCCUUUAAUUCAUCACCAUCCCAGCCCAACUACCAUGUGGGAGACCCACAGAGUUUACCUUGCACAGUGUAAAACCAUGUUGAAAAAUCCCAGCUAAUAGAUUCAUGGACAAAAAUGUCCCUUUCGGAUUUCCAUUGAAAAGCUCUCACCCCCGUUUGGAUCAGUUUUGUUGUCAGUUUGUCUAUUCCAUCCUCAAGACUGGCUGUUCUAUCAAAGCUAAACAACCCCUGAAGAGGAGUUUUGUUUGUUGGCGAAAGCUUAUCUGUAGAUCGGACAUUGAAGGAUCUCUCUGAACUUUCCGGAGCCCUCUGUAAGGCAUGGACUAUAGGCGUUUAUUUUAAGAAAAAAAGACUGAACUGAAUAAAAUAACGAAUCACAGCCCAUGUGCUGACGAAUGUAGAAGAACCAGGUCAAAACCGUGUAUAUAUUUAUAUCACAAAAGCCACACAAGUGUGCCAAGCUUUCUAUGGACGUGAGGUGCUGAAGUGCCAAACUAGAACGUUCUGUUGUGCCAAACCCAGAACACUGCCUCGGAACACUCAAAAGCAUUUGCCGCUUUGCUCUGUCCUGUGACGCUCAUCUUCAAAUCUACAGGAAUAACCUACAGGAGGAUCUCUGUAACAACAUACUCCUUGUCUCGUGCACGACAGCGGAAAUGGUACUCUUGCUGAGGGUCACAGUGUAAAUGCACUGCAAUAUAUUGAUCAUUGUUCUGUAAUAUCUGUACAGCAGGUUUUUACAAUAAGUCCACUAAAGGUUGUUUCUUUCUAGGCUUUUCCAAGCUUCUACAUUUAUGUGCAUCAAGACAUUUGGUCAGAAAACGAAACCCUCUUGGGAUUUUACAGGCAUUUCAAUCAUGUGUGUGUGUGUGUGUAUGUGUGUGUGUGUGUGUGUGUGUGUGUGUAAGUGUGUACGAUUUUCUUUUUUUUAAACUUUUUUUGAGAGAGGUAUGACUCAGGAGAGAGUAUCAUGGGAGGACAGAUGAAUUCUCUGACUGGAAAAUGGUGCAACGUUUGAAAUGAAUAUUUGAACUGCUGACAAAAAGAGUCAAAUUAGUCUGCUGUGAAAAUGCACAAUAUGCCUCAGAAGCUGUCUCUUUCGCGUCAUGUGGGUGUGAUCAGAGAGACACACACAGGGGAAGGAGGGAGA